UUGAUUGGGUUCCUAAAAAUAAGAAAAAUGUUUUUAUUUCAAAGGCAUGUUCUCGGGAGAAAUUUAAAGCACUUUGCUAGUAACGGAAAAUUAAAUAAUGUGAUAAACAUAAAACGUUACCAGACAACAAAGGAAAUCGAGGAAACCAAGAGUACAAUGCCUAUGGUAGAAAACACCGAUUUAUUUCAAACAGAACGAAUAAAACGGGAUAUUUUACCGUCUGCACGUAUUCUGCCUAUGAUUGUGGAUGAAAAGGACGCGACUGUGAUGCCAUUUGACGAAGUGCCUGGCCCUAAAGCUUUAAAAUAUGCAGCUGCCUGUAGAUAUUAUUUAUCGGAAUUAGGCACGCAAUUAAUUGCCGGAGCCCUUACCUUAUCGCUUAACAUUGGAUCUUACUUCAACGAGGGCAAGUUCCACAAUUACAAGUUUUCGUCGCUAUUUGAUGAAUAUGGCCCAGUCGUAAGAUUUGUGAACCCUGUUGGCACCGAUAUAGUUUUACUCAACCAUCCUGCUCAUAUUCAGAAAGUAUUUAGCUUAGAAGGGGAGUAUCCAAAUCGGUCGACACUAGAGUCGUUGCAAAAGUUUAGAACGGAGCGCAGAUCGCAUUCUUAUAGUGGUAUUUACAAUGACCAAAGCCACGAAUGGAGUCGUCGGAAGUCUGAUCUGCAAGUACCAUCUGAAGCAGUCUUGGUGAAGCAAGCUCGUGGUAUAUCGGAGGUCUGCCACAGGUUCACCAAUAAGCUGUACACCAUCAGGAACUAUCAGGACGAAGUAUCCAAGGACCUGUAUGAGGAAAUACGAAAAUGGGCUUUCGACACCAUGGGUCUCAUUAUGUUCUCCAAGAACUUUUCAAUGCUGGAUACAGAGGUAAUAAGCAGCCAAUGUGAUGUUUCCUGGAUGUACCACAGCCUCGUGCAUGCUACCGAUGCGAUUUUAAAAUGCGAAGGUGGCCUGCAUCUUUGGAAACUGUUCGGUACACCUGCAUGGUACAAUCUUGUAAAACACUGCGAUAAUUUGGACAGUUUAUUAGGAAAAUUCGUGUUGGAAACUGAGCAAAAUAUUUUACAAGAAGUUUAUGAUUCAGAAUCAAGUUCUCUAGCUGGUUCAAUAUUGUUAGCUGACAAAAAUCUAAAUACUGGAGAUGUAGCCACUAUUUUAAUGGAUAUGAUGCUUAUUGGUGUCAACACGGUAGCCUCGUCUAUGUCUUUCCUGCUAUUUUACCUAGCGAAACACCAGAGAGUACAGAAAAUCCUAUAUAAUGAAAUUAAAAACUCCGUACAUGACGCUGUCGAUACAACUGUAAGAGACCUAAAGAGUAAAACGCCGUAUCUUCAAGCUUGCAUUAAGGAGACGUUAAGACUUACACCUCCCAUACCGAUAAUAACGAGAAUUCUGCCAAAGAAUAUCAUAUUGGACCAUUACAACAUACCCCGUGGCACCAUGAUAAUAAUGGUAACUCAGAAUGCCUCAACCAAGGAAAGUUAUUUUGAUGAUGCGUCCAAGUUCUAUCCAGAAAGAUGGUUGCAAGCAGAAGCCUUAGAACAAUUUGCAUGCAUUCCAUUUGGGUUUGGCGUAAGAAAAUGUCUUGGCCAAAAUAUGGCUGAAGCUAUGCUGUCUUUGCUUACAAUUCAGAUUUUACAAAAGUAUAAACUAGAAUAUCACUAUGGAGAUGUGUCGGCUACAAAAGACUUCAUAACUCGACCUAAGCAACCACUCAAGAUAAGAUUUAUUGACAGAAUUCAAUGAGACAGCAAAAAACAAUCCUCAGCUUAAAAAUUUUAUUGUAUUCUAAGUUUUCUCAUACUACUAAACUUAACUUAUUAUUUGAGGAGCUGGUGAACAAAACCGGACAGGUCCACCAAAGUGCGAAAGUAUUUUUUUUUGGAAUCGUCUUCUCUUGAUCCAUCUGUGUCAAUCCCUGUUAAUAUUUUCAAUCAAAACUGGUUAAAAAGGCUUUAAGAAGUCCAUUUUACAAAACCGGAUUAGUUCAGUAGUAGUUGAUACUGGUUUUUUUACCACUGUGUAAUUUUUUUUUCUCGCGGACUAAUCCAGUUCUGUUCGCCAGCUCCUUAUUUAUGAGUAAAUACUUUAUGUUACAAAUAUGUCUUUAAAAUUUGAAAAAAAUAUUUAUAUUGUGAUGUAAUUAAUUUAUG